GUAUGUUUUGGAAGACUUGGCAGGUUGGUUCGGACCGACGGACCGACAAGACAUGAGCCUUUGGCGCAACAUGCCACUUCAGGUUGCUGCCAGCAGUCAACCCCAGUGCCGAAGUAUUGACGAAUUUUCUAAUUCUUGUCUUGUGAUGUUUCCCUGCAUGUGUCUAUGCGUCACCUGGUCAUCCGAGCGCAACACUCGUACCGGGAGAACAUCUCAGCCCCACCCACAAGGCCCCAUAAAUACAAGCAGAGUGAGAGUACGCUGGCGCAUCUUCCGCUGCUUCUCUCGCUCAAACCAAAGUCAACAACACUAACUCUCUUACGAUGACCACCAGAAUCACACAUUUCGAAACGCAUGAUAUUCGAUUUCCCACAUCCUUGACGGGUGAUGGCACUGAUGCGAUGAAUACAGAUUGCGAUUAUAGUUCAGCAUAUGUUACCCUAUACACCGAUAGCGGACUUGUUGGUCAUGGAAUGACGUUUACGAUUGGUCGUGGUACUGAUAUUGUGUGCCAUGCCAUCCGAGAAGUUGCUGGACGCUUGAUCGGACGGGAUCCCGAGAGCCUUUUUGAGAAUAUGGGCAAAGCUUGGGAUUGGAUGUGCUCCGACUCUCAGCUGCGGUGGAUCGGUCCAGAAAAGGGCGUGAUUCACCUUGCAACAGCUGCAGUGAAUAACGCCUUGUGGGACAUGUUUGCUCGUACAAGAGGCAAACCCCUCUGGAAAUUGAUUGUCGAUAUGACUCCUGAGGAACUUGUAAACGCGACUGCGUUCCGUUAUAUCACAGACGUGCUGACGCGCGAAGAAGCACUCGCAAUGCUCAAGGCCAAAGAGGCUGGAAAGCGUGAACGGGAAGCUCUUGUUACUGAAGUCGGAUACCCAGCAUAUAUCACAUCAGCGGGCUGGCUUGGAUAUUCAGAUGAGAAAGUGUCUCGUCUCACUAAGGAGGCCCUCGCAAGCGGGUUCAACCACUUCAAGAUGAAAGUAGGAGCUGACUUAAAGGAUGACUUGCGCAGAGGCAAGAUGAUCCGUUCGAUUAUCGACGACCCCGCAAAUUAUCCGUCUGGAUUCAAGGAUCCUUCAAGCCCAGAACUGACUGGGAAGAACGCGGGUCCGACGGGUGCUGUGUUGAUGAUUGACGCCAACCAAGUUUGGGAUGUUCCACAGGCAAUUGAGUAUGUGGCAGGAUUAGCGGAAAUCAAGCCUUGGUUCAUCGAGGAGCCUACGGCACCUGACGAUGCUCUCGGCCAUGCUGCGAUCAGGCGUGCACUCAAGCCGUACGGGAUCGGAGUUGCGACCGGGGAACAUGCACAUAACCGUAUGGUGUUCAAGCAGUUGUUCCAGGCGGACGCGAUCGAUGUGUGUCAGAUUGACUCCUGCAGACUCGCAGGUGUCAGUGAGGUGCUGAGCGUGCUGUUGAUGGCUGCGAAGUUUGGCGUCCCUGUUUGUCCACAUGCUGGUGGUGUUGGUUUGUGCGAAUAUGUCAUUCAUCUCAGCGUGAUUGACUACGUCGCCAUUUCCGGGACGAUGGAACGAAAUGUAUUGGAAUUUGCAGACCACUUGCAUGAGCACUUUCCGUACCGGUGUACUAUGAACGAAAGGGGGAGGUACAAUAUUCCGAGUAAUCCAAAGGAAGGGUAUAGUAUUGAGAUGUAUAAGGAGAGUAUCGCGGAGUUCGAGUGGCCGAACGGGAGUUACUGGGUCGGUUCAAGGGGUGGAAAAGUCUUAAGCACUUGAAUGAUAUAGGUGGUCGAUUUCUUGUAUAAACAGACCAUAUGUGUAUGUAGGCUAUAUACGACAGUAAUCAAAGAGACAAGUCAUGGUUUGUU